AUGUUAGGCUUUGUGCGCGGACAGCCUCUACUGAGUCCAGUUAUUCAUAGAGAGAAGAUGGCGGCAGCACCGGUAAUGAUGCCGUACUUCGGCCAGCAAAUUUCGUCCAAAAGUGACCUGGUCCCGGACUGGACCCGCCAGGAAGUCAGCACCGGGACCACCAUCAUGGCCGUGGAGUAUGACGGAGGAGUGGUGAUCGGGGCCGACUCUCGCACCACUACAGGAGCGUACAUCGCCAACAGAGUCACAGACAAACUGACUCGCAUCCACGACAAGAUCUACUGCUGCAG